AUGAAUAUUUAUACAUUGAAAUUUGAAGAAACUACUCUAGAGAAUUCAUAUCGAUAACAUAAAUGUAAUUAAUUGUAAAGUCCUAUUCUUAUAUACACUUAUGUUUUAUCAAUAAUACUUGUCGGAAGCUAACUAAUAUAUUAAUUAGUUAAUCAUGAUUAUACAUAUUUGAUACACAAAUUAGUAAUACUCUUUAUAGUAAUGUUGCUAUGCCUGUUUUUUAAGCAAUUUAAGAGAUUUCCAAACUUAAUUUUACUGUUAAUUAACAUUGUACUAGUAUCACUUGAAACUGAAUCAAAUUAAUAUAAUACUUAUCAUCAAGGAUAUUUGUUUGGUUGCAAUUAAAUGCUUACACAUGCAAUUUUAUUGAUGGGUUCUGAUUUUUAAGUAGGUUUAUUUACGAAUGUUAUUCUAGCAAUAACAAGAGCAGCUAUCACUUUUGUUAAUGAAGAUUAUUUAACAUUUCAAUAAUACCUAUACACAAUUUUAGUUACUAUUGGUGUCUCAGGUUUAUUAUAUUAAUCAGAAUUAUACUAAAGAAGAUCUUAUUUAUAUUAAACAAAAGACACAACUUGGGGUAUUAUUAAUAUAUUAUAUAAAUAGAAAAAAUAUUACCGUUUGUAAUUUGUAAACCUUUUUUAAUCUUCAAAUUUGACAAAGAUGCUUUUUGUUUUUAAUAAAUAGCCAUAAAUAAAUCAUUAACAGAGAGUUAAGAAAUGUAAUUUGAUUCAGUAGGUGAUUUCCUUAAGGAAUGUAAAUAUGAAAAAUUGACAUUACAAAAAUAUUUAUUUCAAAAAUAUGAAAAGUUCAAUAAUUUAGUAAAUAAAAUAGAUUGUGAAAAAUUAGAAAUCUAAUAUAAAAAAAGUAGAAUAAAAAUCAAAUUGCUAAUCUAUUUUGUUGAUACAGUUAGAUUUAUGAUUGUUGUAGAAACAGUAGAUUAAGCUUUCAUUGAUUUAAAAUAUAGAUACUAAUAUAACUUAAAAGAAAUCACCCAAAAGUAUAAUAAUUAACUAAAGAAACUGGCUAAAAUCUUAAAUAAAAAACUAAAAAAAUGUAAAACCUAAAUGCUUAGUGAAGUAUCUAUUUCAAUACUCGAAUUUCGAAUACUAUAAUCAAUUAAACUAUAAAAAUUAAUCAGAAUCAAUAUGUAAUAGAUAUUUCAAAAAUUUUAACAUAUAUUUCAUGUUAAUUAUAAAUAUAACAUAUAUUUCCAUGCUAAAUAAGAUUAUAUCAUUUACACUUAUAAACCAGAACUAUAUUACUUUAUAAUAUCGAUAAUUAGAUUAUCAAAUAGAAUGUAAUAGAUAUCAUUCAUUAUUGAUUAAAAUUAGGAAGCAUAAAUUCCAUAAUUAUCAAUUACAGGAAUCGAUAAAUUACCUGAUGAUUAUUAAUUUUAAUAUUGUUAAAAAACAGUGUUUGAAAAACACAUAUAAGUUUUAAAUUGUAAAUAUGAUGAAUUAUUAAUUUAUAGCUCAUUUUUGGAUAUUUAAAGAAGUCCACUCUUCGUUUAAUUAACACUAUACUUUUGAGAACAUUUCAAAUGAUCAAUUUAAUUUGUUAAAUUAAUAAUUUUGA